UCAUUGUGCCGGACCAAAUUAACACCAUCCCACAAGCGAGCAGUAGUGAAGUGAACAAUGGAGGAUUCUGUGCCUCUCCAUGUCCGCCAUGUGCACAAACUAUCCAUAUUUAUCAACAGAUCACAUUCGCUUAUUCACUCCAUAGCUAUAGCUUUCUUGAUUUACUACAGAGCCUCUUUCCUCUUCCAAGACCCCAAGACCAGAGCAUCCCCAACUCUACCAUGGCUGCUUUUGUUCGCUUCGGAGCUCCUCCUCUCCUUCAUAUGGCUCCUCGGCCAAGCAUAUCGCUGGCGUCCCGUUACUCGAACAGUAUUUCCAGAAAGAUUGCCGGACGACGAUAAGCUCCCGCCCAUUGACGUCCUCAUAUGCACGGCGGAUCCAGACAGUGAACCGACUGUGGAGGUGAUGAACACGGUGUUAUCAGCCAUGGCGCUCGACUACCCGCCGGAGAAGCUCCACGUGUAUCUUUCCGAUGACGGGGGUUCUCCUCUGACUUUGCAUGGCAUGAGGCAGGCUUGGUGGUUUGCAAGGGGGUGGCUUCCUUUUUGUAGGAGGUACAGGAUCGCCACCAGUUGCCCACAGGCUUAUUUUUCGGCUCCGGAGGAUGAUGGAGGUGGUGGAAGCUCGGAGUUCAAGACUGAGCGACAGAAGAUUAAGGAAAGGUACGAGGUGUUCAAGGAUUCUAUUGCAAAAGUAAGAGAAAGAGGUGGGACAAACGACAAUGGUCGGAUCACUGCACGAGAUCACCCUUCUGUUAUUGAGGUGAUACAAGAUGAUCAUGCCAACGACACCGUUCCGCCUGUAGACCAAGCUAAGAUGCCUCUCCUUGUUUAUGUUUCCCGUGAGAAGAGGCCUUCUCAUCCCCACCAUUUUAAGGCUGGAGCACUCAAUGUCCUCCAAAGGGUAUCAAGCUUGAUAAGCAACUCCCCCUACAUGCUAGUGUUAGAUUGUGACAUGUAUUGCAAUGACCCCACUUCAGCAAGGCGUGCAAUGUGCUUCCACCUUGAUUCUAACAUCUCACCCUCCCUAGCUUUUGUUCAAUUCCCUCAGAGAUUCCACAAUAUCAGUAAGAACGACAUCUAUGACAGUCAGCUGAGGUCAUGUUUUUCGGUGCUAUGGCAAGGUUUUGAUGGACUUAAUGGACCCGUCGUGUCUGGGACAGGCUUUUAUAUCAAGAGGGAGUCAUUGCGUCGAGGUGUCAUACAGCAAGACGUUAAUCUCGAGGAACUUAAACAAUCAUUUGGUUCAUCUAAUGAGUUAAUCAAAUCCUUUCGCCAAAACCACAAGCCUAAUGUGAUCAACAGUCAGGAUGGAUUGCUAAAAGAGACUCAAUUCUUAGCCUCCGUUGCCUAUGAAAAUGAUACUAAAUGGGGAAAAGAGGUCGGUUUCUUGUAUGAUUCUGUGACAGAAGAUUUAUUUACAGGGUUCAUGUUACGUUGCAAAGGUUGGACUUCAGUUUAUUGUGAUCCGUUGAGGCCACAAUUCUUGGGAAGCGGCAUCACUAAUUUGAAUGACUUACUGAGUCAAGGCACCAGAUGGAGCUCCGGAUUGGUAGAAGUGGGUUUAUCAAAAUUCUGCCCUCUUAUAUAUGGACCACCAAGAAUUUCUCUUCUCGAGAGCAUGAUCUAUGGGGAUCUUACAUUUUUCCCUUUGAUCUAUUUCUUCCCACUAUGGUGUUUCGCCACUAUUCCCCAGCUCUGUCUACUUGAUGGCAUCACCCUGUACCCAAAGGUCUCAAACCCACAUUUCGUUAUAUUUGUGUUCAUCUUUUUAUCGGCCAUUUCUAAGCAUUUACAAGAGGUUCUCACAACGGGAGGGUCAUUCCAAUCAUGGAGAAAUGAACAAAGGAUAUGGAUGAUUAAAUCAAUUACAACUCACUUAUAUGGAAGCUUGGAUGCUAUUAUGAAGAGGAUGGGGGUGAGAGAAGCCAGUUUCUUGCCCACCAACAAAGUUGAGGACGAUGAACGAGUCAAACUAUACCAAAUGGGAAAAUUUGAUUUCCAAACAUCAAAUAUGUUUCUUGUUCCCAUGGUUGCCCUAAUCAUCCUCAACAUGGCUUCAUUUACUGGUGGACUUUUUAGGGUGAUGUUUCUUGGCGAAUGGGACAAGAUGUUUGUGCAAGUUUUCAUCUCCUUCUAUAUCUUAAUUAUGAAUUUUCCAAUAAUUGAAGGGGUGAUGAUAAGGAAGGACAAGGGACGUAUUCAAUCAUCAGUCACUUUAUUAUCUGCUGUCUUUUCGUGCGGUAUUUUGUUUUUGGGAUUUAUAUUUCUCCUUUAAUAAGUCACUUAAUUAGUGCAGAUUUAUUCUACAUUUUCACACUAAUUAUUGUAUCACUAUUUCUGUUCUAGGUUUCAUUAUUCAUGAAGGGCAUAUUUCUUUCU